GCUGGGUCGGGUUUGGUUUUGGAAUUGGAUUGCAUUGUUAUGGUAUUGCUGUGUAUUGUUUUGUUGGAUUGAUUAAUUUAAAAAAAUAAAAAAAUAAAAAAAUAAAAUAAAAAAAUCGAUUUUUUAAAGAUGAGCAUCGAUUCUGAAUCGCACAACGUGAGAAUCGCGAUUCGAAUUGGAAUCGAUUUUUUCCCACACCCCUAGUAUCUAUUUCACAUUGUUUCAAUGUCUUCUUUCAGCAGUCCUUGUAGCGUUUUCUCUGCCCCACCAAAAUUUAUUUUCCCUUCAUUUAGCUGACAGUACAACAACUGUUUUGGCAGUCUUUCGUCAUUCAUCCGUACGACAUGCCCUGUCCAUCGUAGUUGGUAUUUAACAAUUGUACUCUCUACACUGGGAAGCAUGGCCUGUUCAAGUACACUGAUGUUUGUUCUCAUAUCUUGCCACUUUAAUAUUCAUCAUCUGUUGAAACCUUUCAAGUGCUGUGAUAUGUCUUUGAUAUGCGGUCCAUGCCUCUGAACCAUAUAGCAAAGUUGUUAUAACAAUUGCUCUGAAGAGUUUGAUUUUUGGUAUCUAGUUUGAUGUCAUGAUUUUGGAACACUCGAGUCUUAAGCUUUCCAAAGGCUGCAGCAGCUUGUCUGAUUCUGUGAUUGACUUCGGCAUCAAUGUUAGCAUUUGAAGACAUUAAACUACCAAGGUCUUUCAGGAGGACCUGAUAAAGGAGCGGAUGUAGUAGUAACAAUGGUGAUGUCGUGGGCCCUGUCUUCCUGGGGUCUUGUUCUGUUCAUCUGUGUGCUUGCUUGUGCGUCCCAGCAACCACCGAUCAUACCCGCGGACUGUAACCGAAAGGAGCAUCCGGUUGUGUCCAGCCAAGCCCUGAGGACAUGGAUGAAGGAGUUCUCCCACCCAGGAGUGAAGGAUUUCUCUCAGCUGGCUCUGGACCUGAGCAGAAAGCAGCUUAUUGUGGGAGCAAGAAACUUCAUCUUCCGCCUAAGUUUGAGCAAUGCCUCCUUAAUUCAGGCAUCAGAAUGGACACCCGAUGAAGACACAAUGCAUUCUUGCCAGAGCAAGGGCAAGUCAAAGGAGGAGUGUCAGAACUACAUCAGGGUUUUAUUGAUCAGUGGCAGCACGCUCAUCACAUGCGGAACCAAUGCUUUUACACCCGUCUGUGUGACCAGGCAGAUUGGUAACAUAAGUCAGGUGUUGGACACAGUGAACGGUGUGGCGCGAUGUCCCUACGACCCCCGCCACAACUCGACAGCUAUGGUCACGGAGAAGGGCGAGUUGUAUGCCGCCACGGUUAUUGACUUCUCCGGACGCGACCCUGUCAUCUACAGGAGCCUGGGGACCAUGCCGCCAUUGCGCUCGGCCCAAUACAACUCCAAAUGGCUCAAUGAGCCUCAGUUUGUGUCUGUUUAUGAGACUGGUCGAUUCGCCUACUUCUUCUUGAGGGAAACAGCUGUUGAAAACGACUGCGGAAAGAUGGUGUUCUCUCGGGUAGCCCGGGUGUGUAAAAACGACCUGGGUGGUCGUUUCCUUUUGGAAGACACCUGGACUACCUUUAUGAAGGCACGACUCAACUGCUCCCGCUCGGGAGAAAUCCCAUUUUAUUACAACGAACUGCAGAGCACUUUCUUCUUGCCUGAGCAAGACCUGAUCUAUGGCAUCUUCACCUCUAAUGUGAACAGCAUGUCAGCCUCUGCGGUUUGCGCCUUCAACCUGACAGCUAUCACUCAGGCCUUCAAUGGACCUUUCCGUUACCAGGAGAACCCCCGCACAGCCUGGCUCUCUACUCCAAAUCCCAUACUCAAUUUUCAGUGCGGCACGCUGGACGAAGCAGGCGCUGGUGGGAAUCUGACUGAGCGUAACCUCCAGGACGCUCAGCGACUCUUCCUGAUGCACGAUGUGGUGCAGCCGUUGACGGUCAAUCCUCUUCUCACCCAGGACAACAUGCGCUUCUCUAAGCUGGUGGUGGACAUCGUGCAGGGUCGCGAUGCUCUUUAUCACGUCAUGUACAUCGGUACUGAAUAUGGAACCAUCUUGAAGAUUCUCUCCACAACUAAUACAAAUCUUCAUGGCUGCUAUUUGGAGGAGCUCAGGAUCCUUCCUGAUGGACAAACUGGUUCAAUCAAGAGCCUGCAGAUCCUUCACAGUGACAGAUCUUUAUUUGUGGGGCUUGAUGAUAAACUGCUGAAGAUCCCUUUAGGGCGAUGCUCUAGUCAUCCAACGGAACGACGCUGUUUGGAAGCACGGGACCCUUAUUGUGGCUGGGAUCACAAACUGGAGCGUUGCACAACCAUCGAAGAGAGCUCCAACAUGAACCAGUGGACCCAGAAUAUCACCCAGUGCCCAGUAAGGAACCUGACGCAGGAUGGUGCGUUUGGCCCGUGGGCACCGUGGCUACCCUGCAACCACAAUGAGGGUGAGGGUUCUAUCAGCAGCUGCAUUUGCCGGUCCCGUUCAUGUGACGGACCUGUGGCUCGAUGCGGUGGGCUUGACUGUAAGGGCCCAACCAUUCAGGUGGCUAACUGCUCCAGGAAUGGCGGCUGGACUCCCUGGUCGUCGUGGGGUCAUUGCAGCAGUACUUGCGGCGUCGGUUUUGAAGUGAGGCAACGGUCCUGCAACAAUCCCUCGCCGCGUCACGGCGGUCGAAUCUGUGUCGGCCAAGGUCGAGAGGAAAGAUUGUGCAAUGAGAAGAAAACAUGCCCGUUGCCAGUGCUUUGGACUGCAUGGGCACCCUGGGCUCACUGCAGCGCUGAAUGUGGAGGAGGGGUCCAUGCCAGGACCAGAACCUGUGAGAAUGGAAACACCUGCCAAGGAUGUUCCAUGGAAUACAAGACCUGUAAUCUGGAGACCUGCCCAGAGGUGCGCCGAAACACCCCCUGGACCCCUUGGAUUCCAGUCAAUGUCAGCCGAGAUGGAUCCCGCCAUGAGCAGAGAUACAGAUACACGUGCAGGGCAUUGCUAACAGACCUCCAGCUCCUUCAGAUGGGCAAAAAGAAGAUAGAGACCAGAUUUUGUCCAAAUGAUGGUUCUGGAGCGUGCCAGACUGACUCUCUAGUUGAUGACUUGGUCAAGUCCAGUGGUCGAACUGUGUCACAGCCCCAAGAUGCACACUGGGAGUCUUGGGAGACGUGGUCCAGCUGCUCCCAGCGAUGUUCCAGAGGCUUUCGAACCCGAAGACGUGGUUGCUCAACAGUAAAAGGCAGGAUCAAUCCAGGUGCCUGUGUGGGAACCCCAGUGGAAUAUCAAGAUUGCAACUUGCAACCAUGCUUAGUGGGAGGGGUCUGGUCUUGUUGGUCUUCCUGGUCCCAAUGCUCUGUGAGCUGCGGCGGAGGCCACUUUCAGCGGACAAGGUCAUGUGACAACCCGCCCCCUGCCAAUGGAGGGGACAUCUGUAUUGGUCUACACACUGAAGAGGCACUCUGUAACACACACACCUGUGAAGGCUGGGGUGUGUGGUCAGAAUGGGGGAGCUGCAAUGAGGAGGGUCUGCAGCUUCGCGCUCGUCACUGCGGGGAGAACCAGGAGGCUAAUUUGUGCUGGGGUAACACCACCCAGGCCAGACCGUGCCAGGUGCACGAGGUGGAAGUCAUUUUACCUGGACAGGAGGACGGCAGCUGUGAAACGUUUACCUUAUUCCAGUUGGUCGCCGUGGGAAUAGCCAGUUUUUUCGCCGCUGCUCUCUUGUCGGCUCUGGCCUUCGCUUACUGUCACCAUCUGAGUCGGCCCUCUGCGGACUCAUCAGCCCUCCACCCCACCAGCACGCACAACCACCUUAACUACAACAAGCGGGGCAAUGCCAUGCCAAAGAAUGAGAAGUACAUUCCCAUGGAGGUUGUGAGGCUACAUAAGAACAAUCUUCGCAUGAAUGACGACGCAAGCAACCACUUCCCGUCCUCCGUCGCUUCCGGCAACAUGUUCGCUACCACCUACUUCCCUCCCAACCUGAGCAAGUAUGACUUCCCCUCGGAAGCACCGUGCAGGGCCUACAUGCACAGCUAACAUCACAUCUGCUGCGUAAAAAAAAAAAAGAAACAAAAAAGUGAAACUGCAGUGCGAGUCAAAUUGUAUCACCAAAAUCCCCCCCUGGUGCUCAUGGACACCAAAUCACCUUAAAUUGUUUUACACUACAGCAUUUACCUACAUCUUAACAAACAGGCAUUGCAUAUGUUUCAUAUUUUAUUUCCAAUAAAAAAAGAGAGAAAUGUGUGCUACACUUUAUCAGAUGGGACGAUGUUGGUUUGACUGUGUUUGACACUUGCAGUAAAGAUGACUAAGGACACAAAUGAAUGAAUGAAUGCAGAAUUUUUUGUAUCAUCAAAGACAUUAACCAGACUCUCCAGGAUCUUGUUACGUUGCAAUCGGGGCCAAUUUAUGCAAAUUAUGUGCAGCCAUUUUACUUUUAUCGAAACUUCCAUGCACAUUUUAGCCAGCAAUUUUCAUUUUUGUCACUGCAGUAACCGGUUAUGUCUGACCUCCAAAAUAAAAUGCCACCAGAUUGAACAUGUAAUAGGCCCCGGACGUGACAUUUACUGUCUGAUCCUGUAAAUCAGUGGUCCCCAACCACCGGU